UUCUAGAUUGUAGAGUUAUUACUGAUUAAGUAGCUAAUUAUAGCGACUCAAUGAAAAAAUAUACAGUUUCAAGAUCAAACAUGUAUAUAAACAAUACGAAUUUAGAUGGCAAAGCGCCUUUACAUCUUGCUGCAGAAAAGAGCAAUUUAUAUUCUGGGGAACUUCUAUUAAAGGAUGGAGCGGAUGUUAAUGUAAAAACAACAGGGUUGAACUCAGAAAUAACCCCUUUAUAUGCAAGCGCUGAGUUAUGUCACAAAGAUUUUGUUCAACUUCUGCUCGAAUGGAAAGCCAAUGUCAAUGAACUGAACGGUUGUGAUUAUAAAACAGCUUUACACGUGUGUAUUGAACGUGGAUAUGAAGACAUUGCAUAUAUUCUGUUGGAUGCAGGCGCUGAUGUAAAUCUGACUGACAAAAGAGGUGAAACAGCUUUACAUUAUGCAGCUAAGCAUGGAAGUGAGGAAUUAGUCAAGUCACUUUUAGAAAGAGUUUCGGAUGUUACUAGAAUUAGCAGCUUUGGGAAAACCGCUUUACACUACUCAGCAGGAUGUGGGCAAAACGAAAUUGUCGUUUUAUUACUCAAAGCUGGAGCCUCGGCAAACAUCAGAGACAAUCUUGGUCGAACAGCUUUACUUGAUGCUGCCUUGUCCGGGUUUAUGAAAACAGCUUUAACGCUGGUGAAGUACACAUAUUGUCUUGACGAUGUAGAUAAAUGUAACAAUACAGCUUUACACUACAGCUCCCAGAAUGGACUUACAGAAGUCGUGAAAGUGUUACUUGAAGCCGGAGCUAAUGUUGACAUGAGAGGACAGCUAGGGAGAACCCCAUUGUGCUGUAGUGUAUUGAGUAAAAAGAUUGACGUCAUGAAAGAGCUUAUCCAACAUGGCGCUAAACUUGACAUUGAAGACGAUUUCAAUCAGACAGCUUUGGAUAUCGCUAUUAAGUAUUUAAACAAUGAAGCAGUAGCAGUUCUAAGACAACAUGGCGCUAAGUCUUCAAAAGAAAACAAAGAGACAAUGGACGCUGUUUUGAACUCUUCAAAAAGUGAAAUGGAGUUUAAACAAGUGAUAGCGCGAGCUGGUUCAUCAUUUGCUAGUGGUUAUACUACCCAAAGCACUGAUACUGGCCCAUCUAUGAAUACAACACCAACAUCUUCUACCACUACUCCAAAUGCAAGUGAUGAUACUACCCCAAGUAAUGAUGAAGCACCAUCUAUGGAUACAACAUCAACAACUUCUACCACUACUCCAGAUACGAAAGAUGAAACUGCCCCAAGUAAUGAUACUGCACCAUCUAUGGAUACAACAUCAACAGCUUUUACCUCUACACCUGAUGCAAGUGAUGAUACUACCCCAAAUUAUCAUACUGCACCAUCUAUAGAUACAUCACCAACAGUUUGUACCACAACUACACCAGUAGAUAACGUUGCUACUACGACAAAUCCGGAUACUACACUAGCUACUAGCACUACAACUACAGAUUCAUCCACUAACACAGAUCCACAAAAGUCCUCGGUUGAAAAUAAAAGCUACGAAAAGCACAAUAUAACACAGUCAAAACACCAAAUGUUAAAUGGGAAUCAUCAGCCAUUUAUGGAGAAUCGUAUGGAGAUGUUAAAACAAUCGGAUACUGAUCAUAAUCAUUCAGCCGGAUUUGGUCUAGAAAAUGCAUAUAAGCAAGACACAAUGGUCAAGCAAGCGAAGACUAACAUCCAGCCUGUAGCCAAAAUAAGGAAAAGAAAAUCCACAACUAUGAAGCAAGACAGGCCCUAUCACGGGAUCCACUGCACAAAAGUAAAAGAUGGUGGCAAAGGACCCGCAAGAAAAAAAUCUAGAAGAUUGGAUACAUCUGGGCACUCGGGUUCUUAA